AUGGCAGACAGUCACGUGGGGGUUCACACUAUAAAAUCUCAUGGAGUAAAGGUUUUAAGGUUCCACAUGCACGAUUGGUUUGUCUUCUUACUUCUGGUGGGGAUAGAAAUUGGAUUGAAUGUUAUAGAUCCAUUUCACCGCUUUGUUGGAGAGGAUAUGAUGACAGACUUGAAGUACCCGCUUAAAGAUAAUACAGUGCCAUUUUGGGCUGUUCCAGUAUGUUCUUUCACCUGACGUUUGUGCUUAAGAUAUUCUUCACUGACUCGAUUAUGAUUCUGGAUUAUACUUGACGAAGGAUAAACACUUGUUCUUUCUUCCCCUGUAACAGCUCAUUGCGAUUGUAUUGCCUCUCUUAAUCUUCAUUGCAAUCUACUUCAGGCGGAGAGACGUCUAUGAUUUGCACCAUGCCAUUCUAGGUAGAUCUUAAGAUACCUUCAAAUAUACGAAUAUAACUUCUCCACGGGCGUGUAUAGUAUCGAAUUAUUGCUGAAAUGCUCGCAUCCUGGCAGGGCUCCUAUAUUCUGUGCUUGUAACUGGAGUCAUAACGGAUGCAAUUAAAGAUGCCGUUGGUCGCCCUCGACCGGAUUUCUUCUGGCGAUGUUUCCCUGAUGGAAAGUCGGUGGGUCAAUAUUAGGACUUGAAUUUAAUUGCUCAUUUUCUUGACAAAGUUGGCAGCACGAUCUAGUGAGUUGCAUUAUUGAUCUAGUGAGUUGGCAGGCUUUUGAUCCUCUCACAGGAAAUGUUAUAUGCCAUGGAUUGAGGAGUGAUAUCAAGGAGGGGCACAAAAGUUUCCCUAGUGGGCAUACAUCCUGUAAGUAGCGGAGGAUCAUCUUAGCGAAAUUUUUGGUUGAUUUUGUUCUUUACAUAUUUAAUUAGCUAUUCUGUUGGUUACUCCUUUUCUUUCAUUAGAUUGGCCAUUGUUCCCCAACAUAAUUUAGUCAGUUUUAGUAUGAGUUUGGGAGACAGACAUUGUAUGAAAGAAAGGUUUCAUAUCGAAAUUUAGCUUAUUAAUGGGGGAAGCUUAUCUGAAGGGUGAGCCCACGUGGAACACAGAAGAAAACUUGCAUCUUUUGUUGCGGCUUUAAGGAUUCUGCAUAUCACGUGUUUGUGGACUUCGAGUGUUUUAUAAAUACGAUUGUGAAACUUCGAGAGCGUUUGACAUUCACUUGCAGUUAUUUGGAUAUAUUUUUCAAUUGAUGCCAUUUAAACUCCUUUCAACUCUGAACAAGACUGUGAUUAGACGGUUACAAACUCUUCCCUUAUUACAGAGCCUGUUUUACGAAGAACUAGUUGGGAACUAUUGGGUCACAUCUCAAUGGGAGUUUUGGGAUGCCUUUAAAACUGGGGACCUUACGAUAUCUGGUUAUGCUUCUUUGGUUUUUGGCCUUUUUGUUCUUUUGAGCAUAUUAAAUGAUUCUCUCUCUCUCUCUCUCUGAAAUGUGCAAACUGUAAUUCCAAGAAACUCCCCGCCCCAAACACACUCACACCCAACAAAAAAAGUAUAAUGAAUUUCAAUAGUCUUAGGCCUGCACUAUUUUGCAUAUUAUCAGUGGCAUUUCUGCAUACACGUUCACCUAUUAUUAUUCUGAUUGAUAAGGUUUGCUAACUCUUGUUAAUGUACACGGAAAAAGUGGAGGUGCUCUAAGUUGUUGAUUGAAUAAAUGACUAGUGUUAUAGUGUGGGUUUGUGGAACGCCCUGUUAAAAAAUAUCUGCAUUAUAUUUGCAUGCACAGUUACAUAGUCCUAUCAUACCCUUGGAAAGAUUUUUCCAAUCUUGUUAAAUAUUCGAAACCAUCUCUCCGUAUCCAAAAUUCAUGAAUGUUCUUCUGCUAUGCCCCCUACUGAAACAAGGGUCCUGCUUUUUGACCAUCCAUUUUAACGACUUUAACAACAUAGUUUUUCGGGGAAGGGACGGAUGCUGAUUUUAGUCAUUCUACAAAGAAAUGGUCCAUCUUUUUUCAUUAAGCCAGCUUUACUUCAUCAGUCUGUGACUUUUGCUACGUUCGUAGGCAUAUUUACUGAUCAAUUUGCAAUAAAAAGUCAUUCUCACGACCCUUCCUUCGCCCUUUCUAUCUUCAUACUCUUUGCAAAGAGCCUCAUUAUUUACCCGCACGAGGUUUUGCAGGGUCCUUUGCAGGCCUAGGCUUCGUUUCAUGGUAUCUUUCAGGGAAAAUCAGAGCUUUUGAUCGCCGGGGACAUAUUGGCAAACUCUGCAUUGUUUUCCUUCCUCUACUUGUCGCAGCUCUUGUGGGGGUCUCUAGAGUGGACGACUAUUGGCACCAUUGGCAAGAUGUAUUUGCAGGGGGACUUCUAGGUUUGUAAUAGUAUUUUGCAUCAAUACAAUUUCUCCUGGGCUUAUCCAUAAUAGUGUUAAUUUAUGUGCAGGACUAACUGUGGCUUCAUUCUGCUAUCUGCAAUUCUUUCCACUGCCAUAUGAUACCGAGGGUAUACUUUCUACUUAUGUCAUGUUAUUUAUUUCAAAUGCCAAAAGCUUUUUCUCGGUUCAUUCCAUUUUCUUCACGAACUGUGCAAGGCCUGAGACAAAUAGAGAGACAGAAAAUGAAUGACACGGGUUCAUUUUCUUCGAAGCUUGUAUGUCUGAGUGCAUUAGCAUCUAUUGAGACGGUUUGAUGAUUUGGUCACGCUUGAACAGAGAGAAAUACUACUUCCAUUUUAUGAUAGAUAUCAGGCUUCAAUGCAUGAAUACAAAGCAGCAAAUAUUCCAGUAAUUUGUGUCAUGCUAUUGUUUGAUCCACAUUCUGUGUUCCCCUCUUGGGUUGUGCCUGGCAACCCAGUUGCGUUGUGGUAAGAACCUAGAUUGCAUGUGGAUGCUUACUAACUUCCAUGUCCGAUAUGACUAAUAAGGUUAAUAGGUAUAGAGUGAACAGGAGGGCACUCCCGUGGCGCUGAAUCCGGACUUCUUUCUGCAGGUUGGGGGCCUCACGCCUACUUCCGGACCUUGGCGGAGAUGGAGCAGGCCAAGGAUCGGCCAUCCAUCUCCCUAGCAGACUCCCACGUCCAGCAACAGGAGGGUGAAGCCCUGUGCCUCGUGUCGUCGGGUGCCCAGGGGCGAGUAGACGAAGCAGAGACACGCCCUGUCAUCGAGGACAUCGAAAAUGGAAGGAGGCAAUGA